GAGCUAAACAGAUGAACGGUGAUGUGCUCUUACUGCAUUUUUAGUGAUGACAUGAUGAAUGGAGAAGGAAGGGAUACAAACAAAACAUGAAUUGUUUUUAAAUUUAAGUAGUAAUGUUUGUAAAGUAGUUAAAUCACUAGAACUUAAGUGAUAUCUAACCUUUAUUGCUUCUACAUCUUGUACAUUUAUCAACUGAUUUUCUGAAGUGUAUAUUGUCCAUAGAUGUCUACCUUCAGCGGAGAUCACAGCUUCUGCCCUGAAUGCGGCUGCGUGCUGCCCCUGCCCGGCCUGGAGGAGACGGUCACAUGCCCCCGGUGCCGCUUCACGGUGUCCAUCCACGAAUUCGCAGACAAAGCGGUCACAUCAUCAGUGGUGUUUAACCCUUUGGAAGCCUCUUCUUUUCCAAAGGAAGAGGAGGAGGAGGCUGAACUCAAGGGACCAGUGAUCGACAGGCGAUGCUCCCGCUGUAACAAAGAGGGGAUGGUGUAUCAUACUAGACAGAUGAGGUCUGCGGAUGAAGGGCAGACGGUCUUCUAUACAUGCAUACAUUGCAGGUUCCAAGAGAAAGAGGAUUCUUAAGAGCAUGUCGGAUGACUGCAGUUGUUCUCACUCUGCUGUAUCUGGAUGGACUGAAUAUUUUAAUAUUAAAACUGCCAUUCUGGGAGAAUGUCCAUCCAUACGGCUUUACUCUUUGAAGUUCGGGCUUCUUUGCCAGCUAAACACUGGCUCAGAUUUCUUUGGCUAAUAAGCAAGAAUGUACAGCAAUGUAAACAGACACUGAGUAAUGGAGAGAGUUGUUUGUCAGUAUAAUGUGUCUAUAUUUCUGAUUGUGUAAUAGAGGUUGAAUAAUGUAAGACUUGAAAUGAUAAUGGAAGAGUAAAUGUUAGCCAAAUAUUUUUACAUUUUUCAUGUUAAUUUUUUAUUUACAAUAAAAUA